AUGAGCCACGCUGUUCCAGAUCUUGAUGCUAUCGGCGUCAAGGCUGAGGCCGACCUCGCCGAAUCAUUCCGUCGCGAAGUUGCCAAUCUUCUCGGCCGCAACAACCUCAACUUCCCUGGUGCGCAACCAGUCAGUUUCUCGGCCAAGCACCUCGUCGAGCUACAAAAAGAAGAUUACUUCGUUUGCGAAAAGACAGACGGCAUCCGUUGCUUAAUGUACUUUGCGCGUGGAGAGAGUCCCGAGGUGCCGGAGAUCCAUUACCUCAUUGAUCGCAAGAACGACUACCGCUAUGUGCCAGGCCUACAUUUUCCUCUCCCAGAUGACGAGACAUUUCAGUCGUUCCAUGUAGACACACUGAUCGAUGGCGAGUUGGUGAAUGACACGUACGAGGACGGCACCACACAACUGAAGUAUCUCGUUUUCGAUUGUCUAGUCCUCGAUGGACAAAGCUUGAUGCAUCGCACACUCGACAAGCGCCUCGCAUAUUUCAAGGAGAAGGUCUUGAAACCAUACAAUGCCAUGUAUCGGAAAUUUCCACAAGAGAAGGAACAUCGUGCAUUUGCCGUGGAGGACAAAUCAACACAAUUCAGUUACGGAAUCGAAAUGAUGUUCCGCGAUAUCAUCCCGAAAGUGAAGCGUAUUCAUGGAAACGAUGGUCUCAUUUUCACAUGCCGCAGCACGCCCUACCGAAUCGGCACGGACGAGCAUAUUUUGAAAUGGAAGCCUCCUGCGGAAAACACCAUUGAUUUCCGAAUGCGCCUGGAAUUCCCAGUCUUGGAGCCGGACACCGAUGAUGAAGCCGACGGUAUCACCGCACCAUACCCUGACUACGAUGCGAUCCCAAUUUGCCAUCUGUUUACGAUGCUCAACAGCAACGAGUAUCGGCAUUUCGGCGAGAUGUAUGUCACUCCAGAGGAAUGGGAGAAUUUAAAAGCAAUGCAGGUCCCGCUCGACGACUCCAUUGUUGAAUGCUAUAAGGAUCCAGAGCAGCGCUGGCGAUUCUACCGGCUGAGAGAUGACAAGGCAGAUGCGAAUCACAUUUCCACCGUGGAAAAGGUCCUCGAAAGUAUCGAGGAUCGGGUCACCGAGGAGGAUCUCAUUCGAAUUGCACCCGCUAUCAAGUCAGCCUGGAAGAAACGACAGGCCGAGGGAAAGCCUCGAAGUGCAGGACCUCCUGUCGGAACAAACGGUGUGAAGCGGAAGUAUGAGGAAUGA